AUGGACGGCAAGCACUCGUCGUCGUCCGGCAUGGUCACCCCUCCCACUACCUUGCCCUACCCCAUCCACCCCCAGACUCACCACACUCACACGCCAGUCUCGCCUACAUCUCCCACCACAGCAGACUCGACCUGGAAGGUGGUUGGCAGUCCCCCUCGUCGCUCGUCCCUCUCGCCUCCUGCUGACCAGCAACGCCGAAGAACAGCAACAGACAGCAAUAACGAUAGCAACCUUGCGUUUAGCGAUAUCAACAACACAACAACACUGGCACAUGCAUCCAACGCUAACAGCAAAAGCACUCAAGACCUCAAGAAAAUAUCCGCCUCGGACAAUUCCUUGAAACCAACUGACAAACAUGAAUCCGCUAAUACCACUCAAGCUCAAGUUUCUCCUGAUGCAGUAAGAGCGGUUGCUCCGCGUGAGAACUCUCAGUCCUCCUCCGUCGUCUUGUCGCUGUCGUCUUCGUCCUCCUCGGCGCCAUUAUCGUCCCUGUCGUCGUCUGCUAGUGCAUACUCUCACGUUCAAGCAUUUGCUCACCAGCAUCACCCCCUCGCUGCUCUUCCCGGUGCUCACAACCACUCCCCUUCCUCCCCACACGACCCUCUCUCGCCCUCUGAAUCAACUUCGACUCCGCUCUUGCCUCCCACAACGACCUUGGCCCAAACACCAAACACGCCCUGUCCCACCAACCAAGCCUUGUCCAGCGGCACAUUCGCCAGUGUGUCGUCGUCCACUCGCCUGGAUGAGCUCUUGGGUGAACCUGUCUCUCCUCUCCAUAUCAAGACAACACCCAGUGCUGGACUGUCUCGAGGAUCUCGACCUGACCAAGGCCUCUCCUUUGGACCAAGCGACAGCAAUGCCCAUCAAGGCCGAACCAGUGGUAGAGUCGGAGGACUAGAGUCCCCCCUGAGUAUGUCGUCGUUUAUCUGGAAUGGUCGUAUGGAAACCCAGGAGUCGAGAGACCCAGCUGCCUCCCUUGCAGCGGGUUUUGGCGGAAUGACUAUUCACGGUCGCAAUGACGAUAGCUCUGGAAAGGGAGGCACCUUCUUCCCCAUGUCCUCGGCUCUCAACGCAGACCCGUUUGUCCCCAAGCACUAUCGCCCCUCGAGAAGCCUUUCAUUGUCAGAACCCCUCGGAUUCCCAGUUGGAGGAUUCAGCAACAAUCACAACACUUUGCAACAGCAACACCAGCAUCAACGCAGGAAUAGCAACAGUGAUUUCGUCGCCCAGGAUGAGCAAGAAUCCAUCAACCCUUUCAGAGCACCCCUCCCAACCAUGGAAGAAGAGUACGAAGAGAACUUUGAACCCCGUGCGAGCCGAAACAGAAGUUACUCGACUUCGGCCACCUUUGGUCUUUCUGGCAAAAACUACGGAGGUCUGUCAAGCGCAUUCUUCUCGUCCGUGGAGCCCUCGGAUCCAUUCAUGUCGUCAUCAUACUCGGGAUCGUCGCCUAGCGCAAUGGGAUUUUCUCAGCCUCAAGAGCAACCUUCUUUCCGUACACGCAAGUAUUCGGCUGGUUUGACUUGGCCUAGCGUCCCUCAUCAUGGCAUGGACCAAGGACGACCUUCGAUUGCACCUCCAGUCCACCGUCGGUCAGUCACGUCUAAUAGCUAUGUCUCGCCCAUCUGGGAAUCUCCCGAUGCCUAUGUUUCCUCUCGGCCCACAGAGGAAACAGAGCGAGUCGAGCCUCAACGUCCUCUGCGUCGAUUCUCCUUAGCCCCUUCCUCGGGAUUCCAAAACUAUGACCGUUUCUUGGAGAACGAACACUUUGGUGGGUCUCCCGUCCUCGGUGGUUACAACGGAAGUCGUUACUCUGAUGGUGACUACAGCCUUCAGCAGCGUCGACAUUCAGAUGCAGGACACUCUGGACCAUAUGUUCGAUCAAGUGCAGCGCCUUUCAAUCUUGCCUCGUCACUCGACUCUCUGACCUCUGAUGGAAACGACGACAGCAACAGCUGGGAUUUGAAGGAAGAAUAUGAGCAUGACGGUUACCAAGCCAGUCACUCCAGCAACUCUCAUAACCUCGGCAAGGGCCUGACCUUGAGCCAGCUUUCUCAUCAUGGGUCACUCUAUGUUGUCGAAUUCAAGGCAGGCCGUAACGAUCUCUUCUAUGUGGCGGACAAUAGUGGCUUGUCGCUGAAGCGAGGCGAUUUGGUGAUAGUCGAGGCGGAUCGUGGAAAGGACUUGGGCAAAAUUACCAACGACUCCAUUACCCCUCAGAAUAUUCAGGAUCUUCAGAGACAGCACGCCGAGGCAGCUGUGAUUGCAUCUCAGCACGAUGGUGCCCGUGCACCCAAGGAGAUUCACCCCAAGCGUAUCUUCCGGUUGGCGCAUACCUCCGAGAUCACUCAGCUCGUGACCAAGAACCAGGACGAGGUCAAGGCCAUGCUGGUCUGCCAGACCAAGGUUCGACAGAAGAAGCUCCCUAUGGAGGUUGUUGAUGCUGAGUUCCAAUGGGAUCGACGCAAGUUGACGUUUUACUUUCAUGCAGAUCAUCGCAUCGAUUUCCGAGAGCUGGUCCGCGAGCUGUUCAAAAUCUACAAGACACGCAUCUGGAUGUACGCAGUGAACCCCACCAUGUCGUCGUCUGCUGCUCCCACGAGCCCUUUGCAGGCUCCUAGGCAGUCGAGCCCACCUCACGAUAUCACUCCGCCGUCGGCAUCGCCUGCUUCCCCACUGCCACUGCAAAAUUCGUCUUCGGCCUACCACUCUACGUACAACUACCUCUCGUCCCCCACAAUUCAGCAGCAAUCCUUCCAGCAGCACCCUCAGCAGCGCCAUCAGGGACAUCACUCACAGCAGCAGCAGCCGCAACCACAUGCGAUGCACUUUCCUAUCGGCUACCACCCUCAUCCUGCUCAGCUGGAGGAAAUGAUGACGCAGAUGCAGACUCAGUACUUUUCUGGUCAGCCCCAGCCAUUCUACAACAACAGCAGCUUCCAGCAGGACCAUGGACCCACGGACAAUGAACCCUCGCAAGGUUCGUUCUAUGACCGCCACCAUCCGCUCCAGCCGCCUCACCAACUCAUGUAA